CCGUGUGGCUGACACCUCUAGUCUUCUUCGCAGAUCGAUUUUAGUUUCGUGUGCGCAGCCUAAGUGUGUCGGACGAACCACCCCUGACGCUUGAUAUCUUUAGUCACUAAUCUCAGCAAUGGGAGUUCUUCAGUUUUGGUUUCGGUUGAUGGGCACAACGCUAUGGGUAAUCUCGAUCCUGUCGAUCACAUGCUUGACGGGUGGUCACUCGGGCCUCAUCCAAACGGAAUUCGACAUAACGUCGUAUCUUCGUCCUGUGCCGAACGAAUUGAGGUCCGUAGUACAAAAGGCAUUGAUUGCCGAAAUUAAUAGCACGCUGCCAUUCGAUAAAUGUUCUCGGCAAGAAGACACGGUGCCAUGUCCUCCGAGCAAAUUCAGAAGACCAUCCGGUGAAUGCAACAAUGUCAGACACCCUAGUUGGGGCACUCGCGGGGCCCCGUUUUUAAGAAUGCUGCCACCAAGUUACGCUGAUGGAAAGAAAAAACCGAGACAGUCGAUUUUGUCACUUGCCCUACCCAAUCCAUUGCAAGUGGCUGCCACGCUUCAAAAUAUUCCGGCGCAACCUCACGAUUCUGUCACCGCCCUAUUGGGAGCCUGGAGCGAACUGCUCCUGCACGACUUGGCCAUGACCGGUAACCUCAAGGCCAGAGAUUGCUGCGGUGAUUCUGCAGAUAGGCAUCCAGAGUGUUAUUCUGAACUAGGAAAUGGCCAAUGCAAGGAGUACAUGCGCACUCUCCCGUCUAUCGACGCGGAACAGUGCCAGUUAAGGCACAGAAACCAGAUGAACUUGGCUACGUCCUUCUUAGAUGGCUCCGCCGUAUAUGGAAAUACCGAGGAUCAAAUUCGGAAAUUACGUACUUACGACUCUGGAUUAGUUAACAUAACGGCUUGUUCUCUAUGCCAGUCGAAUGCCCUCUACUCGGCGAUUCUCAAAGAGCACAACAGAAUUGCUGUGGGUUUGGCUAUGCUCAAUAAGCAUUGGGAAGACGAAGUGUUGUUUCUAGAGAGCAGGAGAAUAGUGAUUGCCGAAAUACAGCACAUAACUUACAACGAAUUUUUACCGGUUAUUUUGGGCCAGGAAGUAAUUGUCACCUCGGAACUGAAUUUAAAGCCCCACGGACGAUUCUCGAAAUAUUCCAGCUUAAGAAAAUCUGGAAUUUAUAACGAAGUAGCGCUGACUGCGCUACCUGCGUUGCUUUCGAUGCUCCCCAAUAGUCUGACAAACGAAUCUGCCACAACUUUCGCGGAAAUGGUAGAUGUAUUGAUUAGCCUCCCAGCCCAAACACCAAGCAUGCACAUGGAAGUCCCACUGAGACGAGAUUGGGACACGUCCGCUUUGUUCAUACACAUGGGCAGAGACCACGGCAUACUGGGAUAUAUAAACUGGGUACAGCACUGCAACAAUAUCACCUUUGCCAAACCUCCAUUGUUCGAGACUCUCAAACACAGGGGAAUAAAACCCGAAUACAUAAAGGCUCUUAAGUAUUUGUACAAUUCAACUGCAGACAUAGACCUUUUGGCGGGAGGCCUACUGGAACAAGCAGUACCAGGAGCGAUGGUCGGGCCAACGCUCAAUUGUUUGCUGAAAGAACAGUUUAUUCUUUUGAAGAAAAGCGACCGAUUCUGGUAUGAGAACGAUCUGCCCCCUAGUUCCCUUACCACUAGUCAACUGAAAGAGAUAAAAAAGAUUACGGCCGCUGCCUUGCUUUGUGCAAAUACCGACGGCUUGGAAGAAAUCCAACCGAAGGCGUUCGUUCAAGAAGAUAAUUUCUUGAACGCUCGAAUAUCUUGCUAUCAACAUCCUCUACCGCAGCUCUCUGAAUGGGUCGAAAUGAACCACAAAGUCGAUAUAGGUGAGGACCUUCUAAUGGAUGCGUUGUCCAAGGCAGAACAAAAGCUUUUGGAGAGAAGAAAAAUGGAAUAUCAAGUCUGGUCAUCCGUUGGAGGAGUGGAUCCAAAAUCGUCUUAUGGAAUAGCUGCGUCGUUCAGCAAGGCAAAUAAACAAGCAAUUAAACAAGCCAACACUUCACUGUUGUUCGAGUUGGCAUCGAAUGAAAUACUGAAUUCACUAGGGCACCAGAGAAAAAGGCGUCAGAUAUUUGAUCCACAUUCAUUGGGGUCUCUAUUUCAACCGCAUAUCACGGACGAUCUACAACACGUGGAUAUAUCUGAACUAAUACCCGCUGAAGCACUCGAACCUGACGCGAACUGUGACGAAAACGGGCCUUGCGAUCCUUCGUCGCCGUAUCGAACUCUUACAGGGCACUGUAAUAAUUUAAAACGACCUAAAUGGGGAAAGAGUUUGACUACUUUCAAUCGAUUAUUGCCGAGCGCUUACGAAGAUGGCAUUUCAAAGCCCAAGAUAACGGGGGUUACUGGAGUCCCGCUUCCAAAUCCGAGAGUCGUUUCUGCAACUGUGCAUCCGGACAUAAGCAAUUUACACAAGAGAUAUUCUCUGAUGGUGAUGCAAUUCGCACAAUUCCUCGACCACGAUCUUACUAUGACGCCCAUACAUAAGGGGUUCCAUGAAUCCAUUCCUUCCUGUAAAUCUUGUGACAGCCAAAGAACCGUACACCCAGAAUGUAAUCCAUUCCCUGUGCCCCCUGGUGAUCAUUAUUAUCCCGAAUAUAAUCUAGCUACAGGGGAAAAGAUGUGUUUUCCUUCAAUGAGAACUUUACCUGGACAACUUCAUCUUGGCCCUAGAGAGCAAGUUAACCAAAACACUGCCUUCCUAGACGGAUCGAUGGUAUACGGGGAGAACCAUUGCGUUCUAAGAGAUUUGAAGGGCGAUCUCGGUAAAAUGAACGCGACGAUCCUCCCAGUCGGAACUAAAGAUUUACUGCCAAGAAGUCCAACGCAUCCAGAAUGCAAAUCCGAGUCUGGAUUAUGUUUCAUCGCCGGUGACGGUAGAGCGUCGGAACAACCGGGCCUGACCAUGAUCCACACGGUUUAUUUAAGGGAACACAAUAGAGUGAGGGAUAGCUUACAACGCAUCAAUCCGCACUGGAACCACGACAAGCUUUUCGAGGAAGCUAGGAAGAUUGUAGUCGCCAACUUACAGCACAUCACAUAUAACGAAUUCUUACCGAGGAUAUUGGGUUGGAACGCAAUGAGUCUGUACGGAUUGAAGCUGCAAUCGCAAGGAUAUUACAAAGAGUACAACCCCCAUUGCAAUCCGUCCAUAUUUACGGAAUUUGCAACGGCUGCUUAUAGAAUUGGACACUCGCUUCUGCGACCUCACAUCCCAAGGUUGGAUAACAAUUACCAGAUCGUCGAUCCACCGAUCCUAUUAAGAGAUUCAUUCUUCAAAACCGAUUUUAUGAUGACGCCGGGAUUGAUAGACGAUAUCGCACGCGGUAUGGUUUCAACGCCGAUGGAAAACUUGGAUCAAUUCAUUACCGGAGAAGUGACGAACCAUCUAUUUGAGAACACCAAAGUUCCGUUUUCAGGAGUCGACUUAAUAGCGUUAAACGUUCAAAGAGCGAGAGAUCACGGCAUUCCAUCCUACAACAAUUAUCGAGCUCUGUGCAACUUGAAACGAGCGACAACGUUCGAGGACCUGUCGAGAGAAGUCCCGGAGGAAGUUAUAGAACGACUGAAGGCUAUUUACUCGACCGUGGACGAUAUCGACCUGUUUCCAGGUGGAAUGAGCGAACGGCCUUUGCAAGGAGGUCUGGUGGGGCCCACCUUCGGUUGCAUUAUAGCGAUACAGUUUAGGCAUUUACGAAAAUGCGACCGAUUUUGGUACGAAAACGAAGAUCCUUUGGUGCGAUUUACGGAGCCCCAAUUAGCCGAGAUAAGGAAGACGACGUUAGCUAAGACGUUAUGUGAUAAUAUGGACGGAAACAACAAUAUGCAGAGGAACGCUUUCGAUUUGCCGUCGAACUUCCUGAAUCCGAGGGUGGCGUGCAACGCACUCCCGGCGAUGGACCUUUCCGCUUGGAGGGAGAACGGACUUGGACAGGGGUGUAUGAUUCACGGCAAGCGGGUCAAUAUCGGAGAAUCGCUUUUUCCCAGUCCAUGCACCAGUUGUAUAUGCGACACCGAUGGGGGCAACUGCGCUUCGUUGAAGGUAACGGAUUGCGUGCAACUUCUCAGAGAGUGGUCGAAGCAGGAUAUACUUCGAGACGAAGUUUGUACAGCACAAUGCGGAUUCGUCUUGCGUGGCGGAUCUGGAUCGACGUCGACUAACUUCAAGCAAGGGAGAACCACCAGAUUAUCCGGCAACGAACCGGUUGAUCCGUUUUUAGGGUUCAAGUUCCCCGAUCUAAGUCCGUUUAUCACCAAGUAGACGGACCACCCCGGACUGAUUUGAAACGCUUUAAUAUUUUUUUUGUCGUUAGAUUUAAUACGUUUAAAAUUUCCAAGAACGAUUUUCGUUAUAAGUGAGAUAAAUGGAACAGAAAAAGGAUAACCGGAAAUCUAUUUCCUUUGCUUCUAUUGUGUUCAGCGUCGAAUAAAUCAAAUUUUUAGUUGACCAUUGCAGAGACUUUCAUCCGAUCAGUGAAACGUGUAUGCAAUGUUAGUCUUCGAUCGCCUUUAAACACAUUUUAAGGAUUAUCUCGACUGAGAUUGGAGAUCUGGGCUAUAUAAAUCGCGUUUUAAUGCCAAGCAUUUGUAAAGCUUAGUUAGCUUUCGCGAUGAAUUCACGGAACCAAAGCAAUUAUGCACAUGUUAACAAAUAUUUAUGUGUGAAUGUGUACGGUCAAAACUAUGUAUGUAUUGUAAUGUAUCAUUCACCCCGAAAUUUCCGAAGCUCAUAGAGAAUAAUUUUGAAAAUUUAUUUUACUGGAAUUAAGGAGUGCUUUGGUUAGCCUAAUCAAUUACCUUCAUAGAUGGGUACAAUUAAAAAUUAAUAAAUGUAAUUUUUUGUCUUUUCAUCGUUGUUCUUUAAUUCAAUUGUUCAGUAAUUUUUUCUUGCAAUACCAAAGCGCCCAGUUUUUAUUUUGUUUAUACACUUUUGUGUUAUAUAUUUGUGAUUAAAUCCGUAA